AGUGAACGAAGGCAUUUGCAGCACUACCUAUUUCUCAAGGCUCCUUCAAAACAUUUAAUCUUCAAAACGUAUCAUCGCCUCACGUUCAUCUUCCACAAGAGAGAGUCUGCUCUGAAGUGAGAAAGAGGAAGAGAGGAUUGUCACGACACGUUGGCUGAACCCGUCACACAAUGAACAACUCGCACUGCCUGGCUGCCCAGGACCUGGUGGGGAGAGUGGUGCCCCCGAUCCUCAUCGUGGAGCUCAUACUGGGGCUGCCGGCUAACAUGGUGGCCCUGUGGAUCUUCUCCUGCCGCAUGCCGGGCUGGAGGUGCAACACCGUGUACCUGCUGAACCUGCUGAUCGCGGACUUCUUCCUGCUCGUCAGCGUGCCCUUCCGCAUCGACAGCCUGAUGCGGGGCGAGGACUGGGUGUUCGGAGGCGCCUGGUGCCGAAUCAACCUCUUCAUGCUGGCGCUCAACCGCUCAGCCAGCAUCGCGUUCAUGACCAUCGUGGCCGUCGACCGCUACUUCAAGGUGGUCUACCCGCACCACUGGGUGAACCACCUCACAACCGGGAAGGCGAUAGGGCUCUCGACCGUGACGUGGGCGGUGGUGCUGGCUCUGCGGGUCCCCCUGCUGGCCACUCAGCUCCUGCAUGAGCACAACAACAAAAGCCUCUGCCGCAGCUUCAGCUCCUACAGUAAACUGCCGCCGGCCAUCAUGAUGCACUAUGGCGUGUACAUCCUGGAGUUCUUCCUGCCGUUCCUGCUGCUCAGCUUCUGCUCGCUGCGGAUCAUCUACUUCCUGCGCAGCCGCCAGAUGGACAGGAAGCAGCAGGUGAAGCGGGCCAUCCAGGUGGUGAUGAUCAUCGUGGGUGUCUUCACCGUCUGCUUCCUGCCGGGAAUCGCCACGGGCCUCGUCACCCUCGCCAUCCAGAAGCUUCGCCCAAAAGACUGCGACUCCUACAGGCUGGCGUCCCAGCUCUUCAGCAUGUCCAUUGCGUUCACCUACCUGAACAGCACGCUGGACCCCGUCAUCUACUGCUUCUCCAGCAGCACGUUCCGAAACACCCUCAAGGCCUCCUUCAACUCCCUGGGCAUCUUCCACAUGGCCGUGAGCCGGAGGGGGAGCAGGAGUACGGCUAGCGACCUGUAACGAGUACGAUUAGCGACCCCUAACGAGUACGAUUAGCGACCCCUAACUAAUACGAUUAGCGACCCCUAACAAACACGAUUAAUGACCCCUAACGAGUACGACUAGCGACCCCUAACGAGUAUGAUUAGCAACCCCUAGCGAGUACGAUUAGCGACCCCUAGCGAGUACGAUUAGCGACCCCUAACGAGUACAAUUAGCGACCCCUAAUGAGUACAAUUAGCGACCCCUAGUGAGUACGAUUAGCGACCCCUAACGCGUACGAUGAGCGACCUGUAACGCGUACGAUGAGCGACCCGUAACGCGUACGAUUAGCGACCCGUAACGGGGUCGACAUAGGCUCAGGUGCUAUGAGCGGUCGUCUGGCAGUCAAAGUAUCCCUUACAUGGCAGCCAACCGCCGUCGGUGUGUGAGUGAGUGAACGAGAACUGUACAGAGAUUGUACAGCAUUUUGGAUAAAUGUCGGCACUGUAUAAAUGCAGACAUUUGCCAUAUGAAUAGCUUAUACUAACGUGCAUCAAAUACUGCUGUACAAAAAUACAUUAGAAAUACAAGUACUAUAUUUUUUACUUUUCUAUGCAGUAGUGGUCUUGUCAAUUGUAAAACCCCAUUUGUAGACAGCUCCACAUUUCCACAGGAAACAAAAUGAAAUGGCAGUAGCUGCAGAAAUGAGUGGUGUAUUUAAAUAAGCACACUAUUACAGUGUGAUUCACAGGUUCAAGCACCACCAUAAAAGGAAGUUAGUCAUUUACUGAGUAGUCCUAACCACAGCUUUGUACGAAGUUGAUAAUUUCUGAAAAACACCUUCUCUGUGCAUGUGUAAACAUGCCCAGGGUCCUACCAAAUUUCCACCGAAUUAUUGUCAGUUUCACAGACUUCACUAUUAGAAAAUGUCCACAGGAAAAAAGUCAACCGAAAUUACCCCACACCAGUAACGUUUCAUGAGGUUAGCAAAAAAAACACCUUACAAAAUUUAUAUACUGUAUGUCAGCAUGAAGCCAUGGUGGUAAAGUAGAUAUCUGGGAUAUCUGCUGGGAAAAAGUAUUCGCCCCCUUAUCUCCUGAGCCACAGUCAUACCCACGUGAUGUAGUGACACAGUAAAAACUGAAAGAAGUGACGAAUGGCCGAGGUUGACCUGCAGGUCUCCCUAGACACAGCUGAGGUCACUGUUCAUGACUCUACAAUAAGAAUGAGACUGGGCAAAGAAAGGAUUCAUGAGAGGGUAGCAAGGUGGAAACCAUCAUUAACCAAGAGAAAGAUCAAUGGUCAUUGGCACAAUUGCAAAAAAAAACAAAAAAAGCACACAAAAAAACAAACACCUGGAUUGAUCCCCAUGCCUUUUGGUAUAAUGUUACAUGGACAGAAGUCAAAAGUGGAACUUCCUGAAAGAUUAUGGUUCCCAUUAAACAAAUAGAGCAUUUCACACAGUAAGACCAUGGUAGAAAAACGCAAACAUGGUGAUGCUAGUGUGAUGGUGUGGGGAUGCUUUGCUGCCUCGAGACUUGGACCCUGAAUGACUCGCCAUUAUUGAAGGAACCGAGAAUUCUGCUCUGUACCAGAAAAUUCCUAAGGAGAAUGUGUUCGGUCCAUAGAGCUGAAUUGUAAUUAGGUUGUGUAGCAAGACAAUGAUCCAGAUCAGAUUGGCGUCCCAGCUCUUCAGCAUGUCCAUCGGGUUCACCUACCUGAAGAGCACGCUGGACCCGGUUAUCUACUGCUUCUCCAGCAGCACGUUCCGAAACACCCUCAAGGCCUCCUUCAACUCCCUGGGCAUCUUCCACAUGGCCGUGAACCGGAGGGGGAGCAGGAGUACGGCUACCGACCUGUAACGAGUACGAUUAGCGACCCCUAACGAGUAGGAUUAGCUAUCCCUAACGAGUAGGAUUAUUGACCCCUAACGAGCAGGUUUGGUGACCCCUAACGAAUAUAUUAUACAGCGCUUUGGAUAAAUAUUGGCACUGUAUAAAUGCAGACAUUUGCCAUAUGAAUAGCUUAUACUAACGUGCGUCAAAUACUGCUGUACAUUAGGAAUACAAGUACUAUAUUUUUUACUUUUCUAUGCAGUAGUGGACUUGUCACUCACUUGUGCACUCAGUAAGAAACUUUAAUCGGUAUUUAUGAGAUUUAUUAGAGAUUUGAUGCGUUGUGUGUGCAGGGAUGCUCUUCUUCAUACCACUGUGGUAAUGUGUGGUUAUUCGCUUUACUGUAACCUUCCUGUCAGCUUCGACCAGUCUGGCCCUUUUCCUCUGACCUCUCUCAUUAACAAGGCAUUUCUGCCCACAGACACUCUCUGCAAACUCUUCAACCUCUAGAGACUGUUGUGUGUGAAAAUCUCUGGAGAUUAGCAGUUACAGAAAUACUCAUACCAGUCCGUCUGGUCACCAACAAUCAUCCCACGAUCAAAUUUUCCCCCCAUUCUGAUGGUUGAAGUGAAGAGUAACUGAAACUUUUUAAGAGUAACUUAAAAACCCAUAUGUGCAGGACUGAAUGCAUUGCACUGCUGUCACACGAUUUCCUGAUUAAAUAAUGCCAGACAAAAUUGAUUAAAUAAUGCAAUUUAACAGAGACAUUUUUGUAUUUUUGUUUUAACACUGAAGGGUGGGCACAAAAAAUAUUGAUUUGAUUCAGUUUUUAACUAUUCUGCCAAAUUACUAAAAUGUAAUGUAAAAUGUAUAGGACGUUUCAUUGAAUUAUUUUUGAAAUAAUCUUAUCUGUAUAGAAUGUUAUACAGGUGCCUAAGACUUUUGCACAGUACUGUACAUUUUAAACAUGCAUACUUUUGUUGGAGAAAGCCAAAAUUUUUGUAUGUGGCUUCAUUUUUGUCCUGAGAUUUUGUC